GCGGGGUUCUGCAAGGUGAUAGCAAAGUUCGGGGUGUCUCCAAUUGCCUGCGGGAAAUGUCUCACUAGCGCGAUACUGCCGAUAUCCAUGACUUCUUUUUAAUUCCACCACAAAGAGUACCUGAACUUAUUUGUCCCGAUAUCUACUCAACCUUUUCAAAUUCGAUAAACCAUUUUGCAAUACAAGCCAUGACAGCCCCGGUCACUCAACUGCAAGUCCUCAAAGUCAUCUUGCAGGAGUGCAAGAAUCACCACGACGGGGACCCAUUACAGAUCCUUGAGAAGGACUUGUCUCUGACAUACUACGUCAAAGUCAACCGGCACACCAAACUUCACAAAGACCUUACUGCGCUGUCCCUCAUCCGAAAGGGUUGCAAGGAACUACCCAACCAGUUCAGUUCCUUUGGAAAACUCCAACUCUCGGUCAAACCACGUCUUGGAUGGCACCUCCGCAUUCCGCUCUGGCGCAUUGUCGGCAGCAUGUACGACUACGCAUUCCUUCCUUCCAACGAUGUCGACGUAGAAGCCGACGCCAACAUGCUUCUAAUCGGCCCGCGCGAAGACAUUACCUACAAAUACUUCUACUUCCGUCGUCAUACGAUGAUGUAUGCACCCCACCUCUUGGAGAACGACAGCCCGCUGCUCCUUGUUGCGCUGGCCUUCCAGCCCUCCGAAACAGUCAAGAACCUUCUAGAGCACUCUGGCGUCAUGCUUCAAGAGAGCCUCGACAAUAGGGCGGCAAGAUUGUUAGAGGAGUACCAGGGCCGGCAUGGGGGCACUGGCUGGGCCCAGGCCUUCGACGAACUGCGAGAGACAAUGAAGGGCAGGUGGCAUUCGACAUUGGCUCAAGACUACAAGGGUUACAACUCUCCUACGUCUUAUCUCAGGAGCGCAUUAGCGGAGCCUCCUUUGUAG